UAUAUGAGAUUUGCACAUAGACUGUAGGUGGUGUACUUUAUCGCGUCGACUUGAUUCUCACCAUGGAAAUUGUCAUGACAUCAAUCAUCAAUGAUUUUCAUACUAAAAUCUUGGGAGAUGAGGAAAAGACUGCAGCUUCUGCUAUAGAAAAUACAUUAGUUUCUCAGGUCACCUCGCAACCAGGAUUGGCACCUCUCAGUCCGUAUUUGAACUUCGACCCAAGCUACCUGCCUGCCAGCCAGCCGGAAUUUAUAUUCCCUGAAGGAGCUGUGAAACAACGAGGUCGACUUGAAUUAGCCUUCAGCCAAAUUGGAGCUGCGUGCAUAAUUGGCGCUGGCCUGGGUGGCACUUCUGGUUUUUACAAAGGAAUUAAAGCCACAACCUUAGCUGGACAAACCGGCAAUCUUAGGAGAACACAGUUAAUAAAUCAUGUAAUGAAGCAUGGUUCGUCACUGGCAAACACAUUAGGAGUCAUAUCGGUAAUGUACAGCGGCUUUGGAGUCAUACUUUCUUGGGCUAGAGGAACAGAUGACUCGAUAAAUACUCUCGGAGCUGCAACUGCCACCGGAAUGCUAUUCAAAUCCACAUCUGGAUUGCGAAAGUGUGCGACGGGAGGAGGAAUCGGAUUCGCAAUAGCUGCAGCCUACUGUUUAUGGAAUAACCGAGAAACACUUUCACAAAUUAGUCAUCAACGCAUCAAUCCGGCGUAAGAGUGUGUGUCUCAAAUUCACCUUUAGUCAACCUCGUGUGCUACGAACGAUCCUUCUCUUGAUUUUUAUUAUUAUUUCAAGGGUACUUGACUAAUAGCUUAAUACAGAGAAAAUUGUACAAUUCUGAUGUGAAGAAAAUAGAAUUUUGCAAGUAUCAUACAUACAAACGGUUUUGAAGAAUAGGAAUUGAAUUUUUGCAUUAUAGUCUGUUUUAAAACAUUUUCACGUCAUAGUCGCCGUACGAUAUCAGUUGUCUUAUUGAAAAUGAGUUGAGUUUUUGUUUGGUUAAUAAAUUUGAGCAGGAACAGUCGUAGCAUGUCCCUAAGUCAUUAGGAGCCAAUUUUAAAAACGAAAUCCCCAAUCUCAUUAGCUCUUAACUGAUAGUAGUAAAAAUAUAUUAGUUACUUAAAUACAUGUGAUUUUAUGACAUAUUGAUAUACCCAUCACCGCAUGUAUUCAUUUUAUAAUUUACCUCGACCAUCAAUACUAAACGUAGUUUAAUUUAGAAAAAUUAUAAUUACUGCAGUUUAGAUAUCGAAGCUUAUCGAUCUUAAUGCUUCUAAUGGUAAUGGGUUUUCUUUCAUAAAUCCACCUUGGGAAACGAACAAUAAUCAGUCUGAGGAGUCCAUUAAAAUGACUACGUUGUUGAUUACAGGGUUGUUGUCUAGAUAAUGAUAAAAUAAUUUACAGUAAAACUCUUCGACUUCUAUUGAAAUUACUGCAAUAUCAACGUGAUGUGAACAUGAGAAUAAUAGUUGUUAUUCCAUAUGUUAGAUGCUGAUUUACAAUCUCUGGUAGUUCACGUAGCUUGAACUAAUUUAUAAAUACUGUUAUUGAAUUUCAUCGAUACUUAGCACAGUAGCUCGCAAAUUAUAUCUCAUCAUUUGCCACGAAAUAUGCUUCUCUUUGUAACGAAAUGAAUCCAAUUGCAAUGUAAUAUGCUGUCAUAAACAUGUACAUCUGAUUUGGUAUUUAAGGAGGCAAUGUGGAAGUAUCGCUGAGUUAGAUUGAAAAGUAUUGAUUUUAUUCAGUUCAGAGAACCCCAUGCUUUCUGUUUAAUUGACAUUGGUUGAAGAGUUUUUAUAGUUAAAAAACUUUCCUAGCUAAUUUUAACUAGGUCACUUGAAUUAAAUGUAUUUAAGUUGAACAUA